AUGGGAAAAGUGGGGUUUAGUUUAGCGGUGGGAAUAGCGGUGGUGACGUGUGCGGUGGCGGCGGCGGUGGUCGGAAAAAGGGUAAGAAGUCGGAGAAAAUGGAAGAGAGUUGUUGGUGUUUUGAAAGAAUUAGAAGAAGCUUGUGGGACCCCUGUUAGUAGAUUGAAGCAAGUUGUUGAUGCUAUGGCUGUUGAGAUGCAUGCUGGUUUAGCCUCUGAAGGUGGCUCUAAGCUCAAAAUGUUGCUCACUUUUGUUGAUAAACUCCCCAUUGGGAGUGAGAAGGGAAUAUAUUAUGCACUAGAUCUUGGAGGUACUAAUUUUAGGGUCUUGCGGGUUCAGCUAGGAGGACGAAGAUCUGGUAUCGUCAGACAAGAUGUUGAAAGGAAGCCAAUCCCUGAGCAUUUAAUGACUAGCUCCAGUGAGGACCUGUUUGAUUUCAUAGCGACAUCUCUGAAGGAAUUUUUCGAUCAAGAGAAUGACAAGGAUUCAGACAUUUCUCCUGCCCCAAGAAGGGAACUUGGUUUUACCUUUUCUUUUCCUGUGAAGCAAACAUCAGUCUCCUCUGGAAUUUUGAUGAAAUGGACGAAAGGAUUUUCCAUUCAAGACAUGGUUGGGAAUGAUGUCUGUGAAUUCUUGCAUCAAGCAAUGUCUAGACAGGGCCUAGAUAUGCAUAUUGCAGCCUUGGUAAAUGAUACUGUGGGAACUUUGGCACUUGGACAUUAUAAUGAUGAGGACACUGUUGCUGCAGUGAUCAUCGGGACUGGAACAAAUGCCUGUUAUUUUGAGCGGGCAGAUGCUAUCAUAAAGUCUCAAGGUUUUCCAACAUCUUCUGGAGGCAUGGUUGUUAAUAUGGAGUGGGGUAACUUUUGGUCGUCCCAUUUACCAAGAACUUCUUAUGACAUCGAGUUAGAUGCAGAGAGCCCUAAUCCCAAUGAUCAGGGUUUUGAGAAAAUGAUAUCUGGAAUGUAUCUGGGUGAGAUUGUGAGAAGAGUUAUAUUGAGGAUGUCAAAGGAGUCUGAUGUAUUUGGACCUAUUUCUUCAAACUUAUGCAAAGCUUUUAUCUUGAGGACGCCUUUGAUGUCGACAAUGCAUGAAGACGAAUCUCCUGAACUGGAAGUAGUAGCAAGAAUUUUGGAUGAGGUUCUUGGGAUUAGUGAUGUGCCUUUAAAAGUCCGGAAACUCGUUGUGAACAUAUGUGACGUGGUAACCCGUCGAGCAGCCCGCCUUGCAGCUGCUGGUAUCGUCGGUAUACUAAAGAAAAUUGGUCGAGAUGGGAGUGGUGCGGUUGCUAGCAGCAGAGCCAAAGGCCCAAGCAGCAGCAAUAGAUUGAGGAGAACAGUGGUUGCAGUUGAAGGCGGCCUAUAUUCAAAUUACAGAAUGUUCAGAGAGUACUUGAAUGAUGCCGUGGCCGAGAUUUUGGGGGAGGAACUCGCCCCUUACGUAAUUCUGAAGGUAACUGAAGAUGGGUCAGGCAUCGGAGCUGCUCUUCUUGCAGCCACAUACUCGUCACCUGAGACUGUUGAUACGUAAAAAAAAAAAAAAAAAAAAAAAAAAAAAAAGGUUGCUUUGCCUUAUACAUAUAAUGUGUGCAUAUUAUAUAUAUUUACAUAAUAUAAGUAUAGGCCUUUUGUACAAAGAUGUAGAAUUCAUUGGGGUCGGUCCAUAUGUAUUCAGUAUAUAUAUGGUAGUAUAAGGGCGGCUUUCGGGGUCUUGUGCAGCAGUUGAUAGGGUGUUCUUUCUAUCCAUUCUUAUUAGUAUAGCAAAAGUGUAAUAUUUUGGUAAGAAUAGUGCAUUUGUUUUUGGUUUGUAUUGUGUACAUAUAGGACAGGUUAUCAAUCUCAUGGCCUCUCUUUCUCAAGCUCAAUAUUCUA